CGACUGUUACUCGCAGGAUAAUUAAUUACGACGCCAGAACAUUGCCAACUGACAUCUCCAGCCGUCAUGAGCGUGGUCUGGGUCGUGGCAGCUGUUCUUUUCAUGGUUCCCUUACUACAAUGCGAUCAGCUCGAAAAAAAGGAUGAAGAGAGCAUAGGAAACGAGUCAAAACCUUCUGAGGACCUUGACUUGAGUAUCGUACCAUCCUCUCUCCCACCAUCUUUAACACAACCUCUGGUACCCCCUCCAUCUACAUCACCCUCGCCGCCGCCAACAACACCUUCUGAGGACCUUGACUUGAGUACUGUACCACCUUCUCUCCCACCACCCUCAACACAACCUCUGGUACCCACUCCUUCUCCAUCAUCCUCGUCGCCGACAGCAACAACUUCUGAGGACCUUGACUUGAGUACUGUACCACCCUCUCUCCCACCAUCUUCAACACAACCUCUGGUAACCUCUCCUUCUCAAUCACCUUUGCCGCCGACAACAUUAACUUCUGAGGACUUUGACUUGAGUACUACACCACCCUCCCUCCUACAACCUUCAACACAACAUCUGCUGCCCCCUCCUCCAUCACCGCCACCACCACCGACAACAACUUCAGAGGACCUUGACUUGAGUACUGUGCCACCCUCCCACCCACAACCUUCGACACAACCUCUUGUAUCCCCUCAUUCUCCAUCACCGUCACCACCGCCAACAACUUCUGAGGACCUUGACCUGAGAACUGUACCACCCUCCCUUCCACUGCCUUCAACAGAACAUUUGCUGCCCGUUUCUUUUCUGUCACCGCCACCGCCGCCGCAGCCUCCGCCGCCACUACCACCACGAGACAUUAGAAGAGGAGUCCAGGAGAAUGCUACUAAACCUCAAAAAAAUUGCAAGGACCCUGACACAGAAGUUGUGGAAGAUCUUCAAACGAACUUGAAGGAAGAGAAGCAAGAAAAUGAUUUUGUUCAGGAUUAUGUAUACGAAGACAAGAACAUAUACGAAUAGUUUAUUUUGUUUGCCCUUUGGGUUCAUUCACAAAGAUUAGUAUAUUAAAGGUAAAAAUAUAUAAUUAGUAUAAAGAAUAUCUUUUAACGUAUAGUAUUUCCUUUUUUGUCGAUAGGUGUAAAACGUGGCAAGGUUUACGUAGUAUCAUCCACUUUUUGUUGUUGACAUCAACAUCAAUAAUUUAAAGUGAUUAUGUCUAUUGUAAGACUUUUAGGGGUUGAAUUUUUUCUUAGGUCUGUCAUACAUGGACAUCAUGAAAUAAUCACUUUUUGUCGUAAAUCAGGGUUGUCAACAAAACAAUUUCUUCCAUUUUUACACAAAAUACUACACAUCUUGCAAGUAAACAGAUCCUCCUUCAGAAAUCUUAAAACAAAGUGUCUUUAUAAUAAUUUGUCUGAUGUGCUUAUAAGAAGAACUUCAACAUUAAUUCGUCUUGUUGUUCCUGCUCGUUAUGUCUUCUAAUUUGUUUUUAUUUAUUUAUUUUAUUUAUUUAUUUUUCGUUUUGUUUUGUAAUGACAUCUGCUUCUUACAUGCACAGCCAGUUCUGGCUGUAUAUUUGCCUAAUCUUUAACCAAAACUUUUUUAUGAUGACCAUAGCGAUGUAACUUCUGUAUCACUACCUAUUCUAGUAAGCAAACUAUUUUUGUGAUCUUACAGUAUUUUUCACAGGCACUGCUUUUUGUGGAGUACUAUGUUCAUGUACAUGAAUUUCUCGCACUACUUUCCCUAAACUUUGAAUUAUAUAUCCAAUGUAUAAAGCACAAAAACUUAAAUCUACUGUCAGCCUUGUGAUGGGUCGGUAAGACGCCCCAUGAAGAUGUUGAUGCCAUCAGAUUUGUCGCGGAGAACAAAGAGGCAAGGGUGGUCCACCCGGAACACACUCGCCUCUGACUGCGAACCAUAACUUACUGACGUCACAGCCGCCGCUUUGGUACCGGUUUCCGUGACCUGAUUGACCAAGAUGAACUUUGUCACAGUGUCACACAAGAAAGUCAAUUAUCAUUAACAUUGCGUGGAACUUGCAAGUGAAAUUCGUCUGUUCAUACAUUUGAUUAUUAAUUGUAAAACAGGAAAUCACAGGAAUAAUAAUAAAUUGCUGAAAAUGCAACUUUCUUUCUCUUUUUGACCAACAGGGUUGGCUUACAUUUUUUUUCCGUGAAUAAACGAGUUAGUAGAUGGCUGCAGCGAUGACUAAAGCGAAACUAUGGAAUGGUAAAAAAGACACUGAUGGUUUGAUGUGCGUCAUUAAUUAAUGCUGACUAAUAAAGACAGGGGUUC